AUGGUUGCUAUCAAGUCAGAAACCAAAAGCGACGCGAACAACACGAAAACAGACGCGAAUGUUGACGCGAAUGUUACUCUCGAAAUUGACUACGACCACCCAACAGAGCGUGAGCUCACAGCGAUGGAAAGAAUUGAAGCAGAAUACUCUGGUAUAGAUGUUCAGUCAGAGCCGCCUGCACAAGUCCUCUCCCAUAAGUGGCCAAUAUCCCCUACCAAAAAAGCGAGCCCUUCAUUGCGCAACCUCACCCAUGAAUGCCAGGAGGCCCUCAAACAUUUCCAUCCGACUCCCCAGACUUCUCUUUCGCAUCUUGAACAGUUGCAGUCUGUGGCCCAUCUCGAUCGGUCGCAUUCCGCAACUCCGCAAACAUCUGUCCCAACUCCUCCUGAUCCACGACAUUCGGCUCGGCUUGCGUCGCCAUUUUUGGAGGUAGCGCAGCAUGGCCAAGGCAUAUGUCGUAGUAUGCCUGUGGGACCAAGUUACAACUAUAACUAUCCUCAUGGACUGUUCGCCUCUCCUCCUGCCGCCUCUACAGUGGCAGCACACUCGCAAAUGAUGUUUGCACCUUCUACAGGUCCAGUUCAAUACUUUGCAAUACCCCCUGGACUUGUGUCGCCAGGCGGUGCCCCUUCGGCGCAAGGCCACAGUUUUGAACCACAGAGUACUUCCACUCCUGCUCAGUCUAAACCCCCCACACCGUCAACUGCUCCGAUCUUGACUCUCCCAGCUGCACCAGCCCUACCAGUUUCACACUCUGGCCCAUCGGUUUCACACUCUGGCCCAUCGAUAUCACACCCUGGCCCAUCGAUAUCACACCCUGGCCCAUCGAUAUCACACCCUACACCAUCAGCCCUGAUACCACAAACCUCGGCCGCCGAACCACCUUUGCUUGUCCCAUCGCCUCACCCCGUUCUGCUUACCCCGUUCUCCGUAUUGCCCUCUUAUACCGCACCAUCUACCGCACCUCUUCUUGUACCAUCACCUCGCUCGGUUCCACCUACCUCAUCGUCUAUUGCUGCUGCUGCGCCCUCUGAUAUCAAGGAAACCAAUGAUGACCCCGAUGUCAACGACGGUAUCCUACCUGGUGGUCGGCUUACCGGGGUCCAACGAGAUGCUCUGGAGGAUGCAUUCUCUAGCAUGAACAAAGCUAUAUGA